UGACGCUCGGAGAUUUUUUUUUUUAACCUCCUGCAGAUCAGGAACGUAGACAUUUCGUACCUGCUACAAACUGUUCUUACAGAUCUCAGAGGAAUACAAGAACAAACCAGACUCCAUCAAUGAUCUGUAUCCUGUUGGUAGCCGGUCACGGCACCGUUUUAGAGGCGCAGAUUAAGAAUGAUGAAACAGGCCUAUACAGCCACCUUAAUGGGGUACCAAAGGCCAUGCUUCCCGGCAUUGGAGGAAAGAAGAUCCUUGACUUCUGGUGGGAAACUGUCAACAUGCGACAGCUGUUCACAGAAGUCUAUCUGGUUACUAAUGCUGACAAGUAUAAGCACUAUGAGCGCUGGGCCACAGCGAACGACUUCCCAGUUGAAAAUGUUGUAAAUGAUGGCAGCACUACGCUGGAGGACCGUCUUGGGGCCGUGGCUGACCUGGAAUUAGUCAUACGCAGCCGUAAGCUGCAGGACGACAUCAUGGUGAUUGCUGGAGACAUGCUGUGUGCAGACCAAAACUUUGAUGUUGACCAGGUUAUCCGCUUCUUCAGAUCAAAGCCUGGAGAGCUGAUCAUAUACUACGAGCUGGAAGAAGGGGAGAAAAGUAGCUCCAGAGGCAUCGUAGAGGUCUGUCCUGAUGCCCACAGGGUAACUCGCUUCUUGGAGAAACCACAGGAAGGGCUGACAGCAUCCCGGCUGGCCAGCGUGGUGUUUUACUGCAUCCAGAGAGACACGCUGUCCUACAUGUCUGACUUCCUCAGCCAGCAGCCUCAAACCACAGACAGGACCUUCGGACAGUUCUGGGAAUGGCUCAUCAAUGAGAAGCAAUGUGAUGUGUUUGGUAUGAAGCUUCCUACUGGCUUCCAGCUCAUCGGACAAGUGGGACUGUCAGACUACACCAAGUGGCUCACCCACUACUCCACAAAGCAGCAAGGCAGCUCUGCUAAACCUAUCACAUGCCGGUCAUAUGCCAGGGUGGGACUAAUGGGGAAUCCUUCAGAUGGCUUCAAUGGAAAAACCAUUGCCAUGACCAUCUCUAACUUCUGGGCCGAGGUUACUCUGGUGGAGAGCCAGACUUUGGUUUUAGUCCCUCAUCCACUCAAUGACCCCACAGAGUUUGGGAGCCUGCAAGAUCUGUUCUGUAUCAGCAGGAAGGAAGGGUACCUGGGAGGUCUCCGACUGCUGCAGGCUACAUGUAAGAAGUUUUAUCAGUUCUGCUCCAAACAAGGUAUUGCGUUGACAAAGCAGAACUUCACCCUGAAGUAUGACACCAACAUUCCUCGGCAAGUGGGCCUUGCUGGAAGCAGUGCCAUCGUCUCAGCUACCCUGAAAUGUCUUAUGAAAUUCUACAACAUCACAGAUAAUGAUCUCCCUAAACCAAUCCGAGCCAACUUCAUCCUCAAUGUGGAGACAGAUGAGCUGUUCAUUACUGCUGGCCUGCAGGACAGAGUUGUACAGGUUUAUGAAGGCUUAGUGUACAUGGAUUUCAGCAGGGAGCUCAUGGAAGAGCAGGGCUAUGGAACCUACAUUUCUAUGGACAUGAGUGACCUUCCACCAUUCUGGCUGGCCUACCUGAGUGACCCCAGUGACUCUGGUCGUAUCCACAGCAACAUCCGACAGCGCUGGCUCAGUGGGGAGCCGCUGGUCACUGAGGCCAUGAAAAGAUUUGCUGAGCUCACUGAUCAGGCCAGGACAGCUCUCCAGGACAAAGACUGGAGCCGCCUGACACAGCUGAUGGACCAGAACUUUGAGCUGCGCAGGUCUAUUUACACUGAUGACUGUCUGGGUCCUGGGAAUCUCAGGAUGGUCCAGCUUGCAAGGCAGUUUGGCUCAGCAGUGAAGUUACCCGGCAGUGGGGGGGCGGUGGUGGGCCUGUGUCUGGACCAGGCAAAACUGGUGGAGAUGAGGCAAGCUUUCCAGGAGGCAGGCUGCGUCUUCUGUGUCAUCUCACCAUAUAACCCAUCUGCCGGCACUGUCGGCAGUCAACACUAACCUCACGCAUCUCCACAUGACUCGCUCAGCUCACUCAGGGCCAACUCGCGGCCAUGGCACAGCGUGACCCUGCACGUGUCUGACAGAGCUCCGGUGUCAUUUCAACGGGAAGACUGAUAGGAUUUAACACUACUAUGUGGAGAACUAAGCUCUUGAUUGACUUACAUGAAAUUACAUGAAGGAAAUAAUCAGUUACAAUCAGGAUCUUCACUCUUUAGUGAUAGCUUGUUCAGCAUUUUACCAGAUGGACCAUAUAGUGUUGCAUUACUUUGAUCCUAGAAAACAAAGGAAGAAUCAUCUUAGGAAACUUCAGAUUUCCCAUUAAAGAUUUAAGAUAGUUAAAAACCAAAAUUAGAAUUUAGCAUUUCAUUGAAUUAAGAAUGUGUUAGACACACAGUAAAAUACAUUUUUCAAGCUCAGGAAUGAAAUUAUUAUUUUUUUUAUUUAAUUUUAUUGUUUAACUAAUAUAUUCAUGCAUCAAAGUUAGUUUUCCCCAGUAUGGAACAGUAGGUAUUAUUACCCAUUGAAAAUGAUCAUAAUAAUAAAUAAUUGACGUGUUCAAAGCAUACAAUAAACAUAGUAUGCAGAUAAAUGAUGAUCUUACUUACGUCACUUAAAUGAGCAGAGAGUAUUUUUGUGUAGAAAUACAUUGUGAGGGGGAGGAAUGUGGAAUCGAGCUAUUUUAACAGACCUGGAAUUGGUCUGGUUCAAAUUUUAUAUCAGAUUAAUGCCUUACAAGCAGGGGUGUGUCCAGAGCAGGGCCAUGGGUGGCACCUGAUAUAUGAUCAGCCCUCCCAGUUGCCCUGCCACUGCUGCUAAUUAAGUACAUUUACUCAAGUACUUUACUGAAGCACAGUCUUAAUUCUGCUCCACUAUAUUCAGAAUGCAAAAAUACAAAUAUAAACCUACUAGUAUAAGAUGCUGUCUUAUUAUAAACUAUGUAGCAGUAUAAAUCAUUGAAAUCAUCUCUAGGACAAAACAGUGAUAUACACAUUAAUGAAUCAGUCAUCAUCCAUUAAUAUAAUGCAUAUGAUUCUGAGUACUUUAGAUAUUUUGAUGCUAUUUUGUUUUCUUGUGUGUUGUUUUUUUCUUUCACUACCCUGCAAAACUGAUAUUUGAUACAAAACCUUUUUCAGGCCUUUGUUGCCUCAGUCUCACCGAGCUGAAAAAUACCAGGAAACGCCCCUGCAUAUAAUAUGAGUUAAAGUGCAGUGAGUGGUAGGCUUGUGUGAAAUUUAUGCAGCUGCAGUUUAAACAUGAUGUAAUUCUUUUCUGCAUAUGAUAUUAUGGUAAUUGUGUUUAAUUCAGUAUAUUUUUACGUAAAUGUAUUUUUACCCUUAAUAAAAGUAACUUUUAUAGCAUGUUUGUCUUUAAUAAGUAACACCAUAUUCAAAACACAGCUGCUAAUAAAGCUACCAUUU